CUAAAUCAAACAUCUCGACUUGAAAUACAGCUACUGGAGAAUUCACUAUCAACAUACAAGCUAGAGAAGCAACUUCUCCAACAAACAAACGAAAUUCUGAAGAUUCAUGAGAAAAACAGCUUACUAGAACAUAAAAUCUUAGAAAUGGAGGGAAAACACAAAGAAGAGCUGGACACCUUGAAGGAAGAGAAAGAAAACCUUCAAGGCUUGGUUACACGUCAGACAUUCAUCAUCCAGGAGUUAGAGAAGCAACUGACCCGAGCCACCACCAACAACAGCGUCCUUCAGAAGCAACAACUGGAGCUUAUGGACACAGUCCAUAACCUUGUCAGCCUCUGCAGCAAGGAAGGUGUUUUGCUAAAGGGAGGAAAAAGGGAAGAAGAGAAACCAUUUCGAGACUGUGCAGAUGUAUAUCAAGCUGGUUUUAAUAAGAGUGGAAUCUACACGAUUUAUUUCAAUAAUAUGCCAGAACCCAAAAAGGUAUUUUGCAAUAUGGAUGUGAAUGGGGGAGGCUGGACUGUAAUACAACACCGUGAAGAUGGCAGCCUGGAUUUCCAAAGGGGCUGGAAAGAAUAUAAAAUGGGCUUUGGGAAUCCCUCUGGUGAAUACUGGCUGGGGAAUGAGUUUAUUUUUGCCAUCACCAGUCAGAGGCAGUACACGCUGAGGAUUGAACUGAUGGACUGGGAAGGGAACCGAGCCUACUCACAGUACGACAGAUUCCACAUAGGAAAUGAAAAGCAGAACUAUAGGUUAUAUUUAAAGGGUCACACGGGGACAGCAGGCAAACAGAGCAGCCUGAUCCUUCACGGUGCUGAUUUCAGCACGAAGGACGCUGACAAUGACAACUGUAUGUGUAAAUGUGCCCUCAUGCUCACAGGAGGUUGGUGGUUUGAUGCCUGUGGCCCCUCCAAUCUAAAUGGAAUGUUCUACACUGCGGGACAAAAUCAAGGGAAACUGAACGGCAUAAAGUGGCACUAUUUCAAAGGACCUAGUUACUCCUUACGGUCCACAACCAUGAUGAUCCGGCCCUUGGACUUUUGA